CGAUUUUUCUUUCUCGGUCUCGCUCUGUUUUAUUUUAUUUAUUUAUCUUUUUACCUAGAGACUGACAACAGGGCUUGCUGCACUUAGGGAUCCCUGAAGUGGCCGGGCCGGAGAGUGAGACCCCAGUCCUAGGCUGGGGUUCUUUCCAAAUAGAGGAAACGGAUCCAGAGGGGCUACAGACCAAAAUUGUUGAGAACCAGACUUAUGAUGAGCGUCUAGAGAUUAACGACUCGGAAGAGGUCGCCAGUAGUAGCACUCCAACCCCAGGACAUCAAGGUCCCCCGGUUUCUGCGGGUCUUCCUAAGGAGACCAUGGCUGACAACAGCAGCGAUGAGUACGAAGAGGAAAACGACAAGGAGAAGAAGAAGCCCUCACAGCUGACCCCUCCGCGGGCCUUCAGUGAAAACGAUGAUGACGACGACGACGACUCAUCCGAGACCGAUUCUGAUGACGACGACGACGAUGACGAGCAUGGAGCACCUCUGGAAGGGGCCUAUGAUCCUGCAGACUAUGAGCAUCUGCCAGUGUCAGCUGAGAUCAAGGAGCUCUUUGAGUACAUCAGCCGGUACACACCUCAGCUGAUCGAUCUGGACCACAAACUGAAACCUUUCAUUCCUGAUUUUAUCCCAGCUGUUGGGGAUAUUGAUGCAUUUUUAAAGGUGCCGCGUCCUGAUGGAAAGCCUGACCACCUUGGCCUCUUGGUGUUAGACGAACCAUCUACAAAGCAGUCGGACCCUACUGUGCUCUCACUGUGGUUAACAGAGAAUUCCAAGCAGCACAAUAUCACGCAACAUAUGAAAGUAAAGAGCCUGGAAGAUGCAGAGAAGAAUCCCAAGGCCAUUGACACCUGGAUUGAGAGCAUCUCUGAGUUACACCGUUCUAAGCCCCCUGCGACUGUGCACUACACCAGGCCCAUGCCUGACAUUGACACGCUGAUGCAGGAGUGGUCCCCAGAGUUUGAAGAACUCUUGGGAAAGGUGAGUCUUCCCACAGUUGAGCUCGAUUGCAGCCUGGCCGAGUACAUUGACAUGAUCUGUGCUAUCCUGGACAUUCCUUUCUACAAGAGCCGGAUUCAGUCCCUGCACCUGCUCUUUUCCCUCUACUCAGAAUUCAAGAACUCCCAGCAUUUUAAAGCUCUCGCUGAAGGCAAGAAAGCAUUCACCCCUCCAUCCAACUCUGCCUCCCAGGCUGGGGAUGCAGAGACACUGACCUUCAUCUGAGCCUCCUGGGGCUGUCUGUGCUUCAAAGUCAGAUGAAGACAUGGUCUUUGUUUGCAGCUUAACAGCUGCCUGCUCCACCGCUGGUCCUGGCCAGCACAAGACCUGCCACCUGUCUGCAAGAGCAGGUGCACAUUUGCCACUGGGUUUCUUCCACCUGCCUGAUUGCCUUCCCCAAGGAAGGAUGGAUCCACUCUGCUGUGGGUGUUUGAGUUGGAAGAACUGGAUUUCUGAGAGCCACAGGACACAGGUUAGGAGUGGAGCUUCCAAAAACACCCUUUAGUUAGCUGGAAGUGAUUUUACACCCAAAAUAUUCUGUUAUGUUGUGAUAGAAUACAUAUUUGGUUUUCA